AUGUCUGUAAACGAGAGUGUCAACUCUUCGACCGAAAAGGAAACCCCAAGAUGGGAGAACAAGUUAUUUGACUUCAUUUUGGACCUUGCCAACGAGAUAGAUGCAGAUGCCCCCGUUUUAGACAAACUUGUAUUGGUGAGGAGCGAUCUCAUUACAAUCUUUGAGGAAACUAUCAAUCGCAAAAGUUGGGAAGGCCAACUUCUUUCAGCGUUCGAGCCGAUCGUCAAUGAUCUAGAGGCAGCAGGGCAAGUGGAAGGGGGCAGAGCUUAUCUAAAGAAGCUCCUUCCAAUUUUGUGCUCAGAGUUAGUUUUAGAGCGGGUGACCCCGGUGAUUCAGAUGAUGAUCAAGGAUCUGUGGGAAAAAAUCCGAUUCACAAACGAAAAACGCAAAAUUUGGGAGGGCAAAAUUCUUUGGGCCUUCGAGCCCAUCUCCAUGGAAAUGGAGGCACAAGGCCAAGAAGAAGCGCGCAAGUAUUGGGAGGAUGAACUCCUCAGAAUAAUGGGGACAUGCGCUAAUCUAGUGGCUACUAGUCAAGACGAUCCCCAAGAAGAAGAAAUCCAAAAUCAGCAUCUCCGGGACCUUAUAAUCAAAGAGAUAGACCUGCAGAGGUCAACAGCUGCUAACUAG